GCGCUUUUUCAUUUUUCUUUACAAAUUGGUGGUAUGGCGACGGUUGAAAUUUGAUAUCAAUAAUAAACUGAGAGUUUGGAACGGCUGAUUGGGUGGUGUCUGAUUCCUGUAACUUAUUGGAUUAGCUCAAACUGUCACCCAUUGAAACGAGUCAUCAAAGGAGUCAUCAAGACUGCUAUUAUAUAGAUAUCAGCACAGGUCUUGGAUCAUCAUCAGUCACCGAACAGUCAUUUAAUAUAUGUCACAGAGAGUCUACAAAGGAUAUAAUGUCUCUUUGGACUUCUCCUUUCCCAUUAAUCUCAACACGAACGCAGAACCUGAAGCAGACGUUUACCAAUAACCAAAAACUAUACCAUCAGCCUAGAUCUUCAUACCUCGCGAGUCCUACAUAAUGAGUGACUCCCAAAAGAAUCGACAUACGGGUACACCGCUUCCACAGAUGUUGCGGCCUGGUAGGAGCCAGCCCCGUGAUUUGAAUAGGGACUUGCCAGCCACCCCAGGACCUGGCUCAUGGGAAGGCUUCGACAACAAUGCACAGAGUCUUUUCACCCAAGUGAAACGCGACAUGGCCUCCAAAGACCACGGAACUCCAUUUGAGGGAACUGGACAAGUCACGUAUUCCAUCAAAUCGCCAUUUAACAAACAAAUAAAAAUGUCGAUUUACUGGAACGGGAACGAGAUAUUCGGUCAAUUUUGCAUAGCAGGAGGCCAUGGCGAAGGCUUCAUGAGAUACGAGGGGGAAAUGGCCCUCGAUGCCAAAGUUGAUAGCGGGGAUCGCAUUGAGUUAUACUGGCGUGGGUACGGCGGCUUCUGGCAGCAAAUAGUACCCGCUGUCUCGUCUGACUGCACCAAACUCACGCUUCAAUUCCAUGACAACGGUGAUUACAUCAUCGGUGAAAUAUCGCCGUUCGACGAAAAGGGGGCGAUAAACUGGCAUCCUAGCAGAGAUGGAAACAUGUAUCUGGACUCCCAAACCUGUGGCUUUGCGGGCGUGGCUAUUGAUCCGAAAUUUUAUACCGCAACUCCUGAAAAUGCGAAGGAGGGGUAUGACAAGUUUGGACCUGACAUGACAGCAGAGGUUACCGGUCCACAAGAAUUGGGCAGGAGCGCUCCUGACUGUACUGUGUCUAAGGUCAUCAAUAACAUGAUUUUGGUAUCACAUUUGUUCUUGACAUCUAUAUGACUACAUGCGCAUUUCUCGUUGUUGUCUUUAAAAGACGUUUUUAUAUCAUAAAAAACCGGAGCAUUCGUACAUGGCAUUAUUGAUAGUUUGGAAUGAGCAAGAUGUGAGGCAAGAUUGAAAAGUUGAAGCAAACGGCCUGGCUUUUUAUUUGUGA